CUGACUUAUUGGUGUUGAGCCAAAAUGAAACUACAGUGCGAUGUUGAAGUUGUAAAUCGUAUGCUACCAACAUUUGGUCUCAAAAGUAAAGGGAAAGGAAACAGGGCAGUGCUGUCUAUCGGUAAACAUAUGGAUAAAGCUACUCAGCGUAGUAGUAUCUAUUUAUUGAUCUGUACAACAAAAGAUAGAGCUGGCUCCAAGUACAAGCUGAAGGAAAAUAUAGAAAAAUUCUUCACAUGGUUUGUUGAAGAGGGUAAGGCCACAGUGCGACUGAAAGAACCAGCUGUGGACAUCUGUUUGAGCAAGGCAGAUGCCAACAGCUUGAAAAGCUUCCUCUCUGCUGCUCGACUUGCUCAUAGGGGAGCUGACAUAGACAGCCUCCCCCUUUCCACUUUCACCCCUGUUCGUGCCCGAGAUGUGGAGAAACCCAAGAAGAAGCUCACUAUUAUGUCAAAGAAAGACUAUCCCCUCACAUCCAACUUUCCUUAUUCUCUAGAGCAGCUCCAGGUGUCUUACUGCAGGCUGUCCAGAGUGGACAUGCGCAUACUAUCUCUUAAAGCACUCCGCAGAUUGGACCUCAGCAACAACCAUAUCAAGAAACUCCCAGCCACCAUUGGUGAACUCAGUUGUCUAGCAGAACUUAUUCUACACAACAACCACCUUGAGAGCUUCAGUGAAGCACUGUGUCACUCCACCCUUCAGCAUUCUUUGCAGCACCUAGACUUGAGCCAGAACCAGUUACAUCUUCUCCCUGCUCAAUUUUGCCAGCUGCGCGAGUUGGUGAACCUAAAGCUGGACGAUAAUCGGCUUUUGCGACUCCCCGUUCACAUUGGACAGCUCACCAAGAUGCGCUUUCUUUCAGCUGCCCACAAUCAGCUGACAGUUCUCCCUGGAGAAUUCCGAAAGUUAGCCCUGGAGAGCCUAGACCUGUUUGGAAACCCGUUCACUCAGCCCAAUCCUUUGGACCACACCAUCCAGCUUACAUUCCCUCUCUCAUUACAGGAGCAGGCCUCACGAGCUGUUCUGAACUUCAGGCUCCCUUAUGGACCUCAUCUUAUUCCUUUCCACUUGUGCCAUGAGUUGGAUCUUGCCAAAGUAUGUGACUGUGGCCAAGCCUGCCUGAACUCCUACAUUCAGACAGCAGUCAGUAUGAACCUGCACCUGGUCUCUCACACUGUGGUACUGGUGGAUGAUAUGGGUGGCACAGAAGCUCCUGUACAGCGCCAUUUUUGUUCUCUCAUGUGUUAUUGUGAGUUCCUGGAUAGCUGUGUGCAGAGAGGUCUAAGAUGAUAAGAAUCUUACAAUGGUUACAAUCAGCAGAAUGAAUAAUGGUAGUUUUUACCUUGAGAAAAUUAUAGUGCAGCAAAUAUUAUGUUACUGCAUUCUGGGUUACUGAGAUAUAUGGGAUAGCUUAGGUUUUUUAUAUGGUUGUUCAUGCUGCUGUAACAAGGGACAAUUCAGUAAUCGAGUAAUUACACAUCAGUGUUAAGCUCAGCCAGUUAAGAAACAACAUGGUGAGAAGUGCCCUGUACCCUCGAGGCAGUUUUAUUUUUGUUUUUAUAAACUUGAUAAAUGUGCUGUAAGACUUGUUUUGUAGAAGUAAUUAAUAAAUAAAUAAACUUGAUUUAAA